GAAAAAACGAAAUUAUCAAAAAAAAAAAAAAAGAAAAAGAAAAAACGAGGGCGACAAUCAUUUCAUUUGAAGCUGCAGGCAAUUAAGAAGAAAAGCGAGGGCUGUAAAGUGUCACGGGUUUGAAGCUCACAUUGAAGAAGUCAAGGAUUUAAGAUUGUUGUCGAAGUCUUUGCAACUAUGCUCAUCAGGAAUUUACUCUCCUCAAGUCACAUUCCCUCUUUGAGAUGCUUUUCGUCAUCGGCGCCUUGUUUGCUUAAAGUUGGCGACACACUGAAGCAAACGAGAACGUUUGCAGACGAAGAUUUGAUGGAAUAUGCUAAGGUUACUUAUGACUCUAACCCUAUACAUUUCGAUUCUGAGGCCGCUCGAAAUGCUGGAUUUGAAGACAGACUGGUUCAUGGAACGCUCGUUGCUUCCAUGAUUCCUCAUAUUAUAUCUUCUCAUUUUCCGGGAGCUGUAUAUCUUUCUCAGAGCGUGCAUUUCAAGUUACCGGUUUAUAUUGGAGAAGAGAUUGCUGCUGAGAUGGAAGCUAUUAAUAUAAGAGCAAACAAGAAGAGAUACAUAGCAAAACUCAAGAUCAGGUGCUUCAAGAAUGGUGAGCUUCUUGUCCUUGAUGGUGAGGCUAUGGCUAUCUUACCUUCACUGGUUGUGGAACAAGUGCAUCGUUAGGGACGAUGAAUAAGACGGUUCAAGGGUAACUGCAAUUCACUACCGAGCAUUUCAGCUCGCGAGCAUCAUCAGUUGAUACUCUUGAUUCUUUUCUUUUCUUUUUUUUUUUGGGAAUUUGAGACGUCUAG